CAAAUAAAAGUUUUUCAUAUACAUGCCUUGUACAUUUACUAUUUAUCGCAUCUUUUACAUACUUAUCUUCCAGAUUGUUAGUGGUGAUAUUCAAGGAGUCAGUCAGGCAUCAGUGUCGCGUAUUGUUACAAGAGUGUCAAAAAUUAUAGCUUCACAUUUAGGGCAGUACAUCACGUUCUCCACACAAGAGCGCCGAAGACAAUAUAUGAAUCAAUUUUACGAGAUAGCCAAUUUUCCUUCUGUAAUAGGAUGUAUUGACUGUACACACAUACGCAUUGCUAAUCCUGGAAAACAUAAUGGAGAAAUAUUUCGGAACCGAAAAGGAUGGUUCUCUGUCAAUGUACAGGUUGUGUCUGGACCAAAUCGAGAAAUCCUAGAUAUAGUUGUGAGACAUCCUGGUUCUGCACACGAUGCCUUGAUAUUUGAUCGAAGUGGUGUGCGAUGUCGUUUUGAAUUAGGACAUCUCGAUGGUAUUUUAUUAGGAGACAGCGGAUAUGCGUGCCGCAGAUAUUUACUCACUCCUGUAUUAAGGCCUCAAAGUGAUGCAGAACUCAGAUACAACACUGCACAUAAGCAGACCAGAGUAACUAUUGAACAACUGUUCGGAAUGUGGAAGCGCCGCUUUCCAUGUUUAUAUUACAGUUUAAGAACUAAACUAAGCACAUCCGUUGCAAUUAUAUGUGCGAUUGCUGUUUUACAUAAUAUAUGUAUUCAACAUAAACUUGAUGAAAUUCCAGAACAGGACGUAUACGACGAUGUAUUUGAGGCUAUUUACAAUCAUGAAGAAGGUGGUAUUGGACUUGCUCAUAGAACUGCCUUUAUAACAAGACAUUUUUCAUAG